AUGGGUUGGUGGAAGAAGAAAAAGAAGUCACAAGCCAUUGUUAAAGAACAGACAUGGGACAGAGACCAAUGGAGAGGAGAGAAGAUUCUUGAAGCGCUAAUCCAAUGCUGUGAUGGCAAACCUAAUCCCAUAAAAUUCUUCACAGCAGAUCAAAUCCUCACAGCCACUCAAAAACAUAUAUGCAAGUGUAGUAUCCUUGAAAGACGUCAAAACAUCUGCGAGUGUAGUCGUGUUUCCGAAUUAUAUUAUCAUGGGAAAUGGUAUUCAGGUACGCUCGAUGAUAACCAUCGCAUGAUUCUCCUUAGGAAAAUGAAGGGAAGAAGUCCACAUCCACCUAGAGACAUCUGCUCUGGACCUCCUAAAGACGUAGCGAUAUCAUCGAUGGUUAGUGGUCACAAAAAUUUCAUGAAGCUGGUUGGGUGUUGUUUUGAGUUUGAGUAUCCAGUCAUAGUUUAUUAUGGUGGAGAGAGACAAUAUUCACCUGUAGAUUUGAAUAAGAUAGUGUCAUGGAGAAGGAGAAUGAAGAUAGCCGAGGAAGUUGCAACUGCUCUAGCUUAUCUCCACGUUGCGUUCUCAAGACCAUUUGUGUAUAGGAACAUGGGGUUACGGAAUAAAACUGAUGUUUUCGGGUUUGGAGUUUUCAUGCAAAAGCUUUUGACCGGUGAAGAAAAAUUUGAGGAGCUUUGUGGUUGGAAGAAUUGGAGAGAGAAGAAUAAGUUUCCGAAGUGGUUGUCCACGUACAUGGGAGAAGGAAGGAUGAGUGAGAUCGUAGAUCCAAAGAUGAGUAAAUGUUUAGAGGAAGAAGAAGGGCGUUGUAUGAUGGAAGCUUUUCUUGUCCUUUCAGAAAGAUGUAUUGGUCUUAGAGGGGAAGUUCCUAAGAUGGUGGAAGUGGCCAAGGAACUAAGAGCACCCACAUUGAUGAACCCCCCCUUGGGGACCAGUCAUCAUCAUAGGUUUUGUUUAUUGUCUGGUGAAUAG